UGUCAGGGAAGAAUUGCUCUGCUCCCCCUUAUUAAAAUGCAUCAAAGUUAGGGAUAUGGAAUGUGAGGGCUGUUCUAGGAUAAAUGAUUUCCUUUAAUGCAGGAGACUGAACCUAAAAAAGCAGUAACUUUGUUGGUCGAUGAGGCGGAAAGGCCUCUCCCUUCCACAGGCUUAGGAGGCAAUCUAGGCCCAGCCUGCAGAGAGGAGUGAAGGACGAUCCCUUACAUUAUGUUUCAAUGCGAGGUCUUUCCGGGUUAAUGAGCUGACAUCAUGAUUAAAGCUGACCAUUUGUAAUGUGUCUGGAGCCUGUUGAAAAGCACUGAAAAGGUUAAUGUGGUAAAACAGGACAGCACCUGCCCCGCACGAGGAGGGGAGGAGCUGGGCCACAGUCCCUUGAAUCAAUUAGGCCCCUUAAUGAGGCUCCCGCACAGCCAAGGAGUGAAUGAUCGCCCAGGCCCUCUGCCAGGGCUGCAGCUCACUCCCCCUAAUUAUUUGAUAAGCACUUGAUUCAAUAUGCCAGCCCUAACGUGGGGAGGGGACUGGGAGUUAAUGAAAAUGUCAUGGGGAAGAAUCUUGACAUUUGUUUGUAUUGAUUGGGAUUUUGCUUUUAUCUCUCCUUAUGUAUUUUGAGCAGCCCCUUAAGAAAGCUCAGCUGAGAAAAAAGUGGGAACAGGGAGAACCAAAAGGAAAGAAGAACAGGAGUCCUUCUCUCAUCCCUCCCACCUUCCUUCUUGUCCAGGCUUCUUCCAUCCCUGUGAUUUGGGAUGAAGAGAAUGGAGCUGAGUUAGAAUGGAGGACAUACACUUACUGGAUGAGCAACAAAGAAGAUGCCGGCAAGGGUUGUCCUGCGGCAGCUCCGGUCUCCAGUUUUACCAUCCAGUCGAUCUUAGGCAGCGGCACCUCAGAGGGAGGCAGAGAGCCCAGCUCCAAGCAGACCGCCUCCGCCUGGCCGAGCAGGAAGAGGAGCCUGUCGGUCUCUUCCGAAGAAGAAGAGCCGGACGAGGGCUGGAAACAUCCCGCUUGCUUCUGCUCCGACUCGCAGGCCCCUGAAGAAACGUGUCACAAACAUCAGCCCCUCAGUUUCACGUGUCUCAGCAAUUCCAAAGGGACCGGCGCGGCGCUCGGUUCCGACCGUCGGACGCCGCCUUUCCUCUCUCCGUCCCAGCCGGAUUUUAAGGAAGAGAAAGAGAAGCCGUUCGCUCCCAAUUCGCCCGCCUGCUCGGCGGACCGGCCAAGGGACGGGGCGGACCGGCAGGCCGGUUCGGCCAAGAAGAAGACGCGCACGGUCUUCUCGCGGAGCCAGGUGUACCAGCUGGAGUCGACCUUCGACAUGAAGCGCUACCUGAGCAGCUCCGAGCGGGCCUGCCUGGCCUCCAGCUUGCAACUGACAGAGACCCAAGUGAAAACCUGGUUUCAGAACCGGCGGAACAAAUGGAAGCGGCAGCUCUCGGCGGAACUGGAGGCGGCCAACAUGGCCCACGCCUCGGCCCAGACUCUGGUGGGGAUGCCGCUGGUUUUCAGAGACAAUUCCCUCCUGAGGGUGCCCGUGCCCAGGUCCAUCGCCUUCCCGGCCCCCUUGUACUACCCCGGCAGCAACCUGUCUGCCUUGCCGCUUUACAACCUCUACAAUAAGCUCGAUUACUGAGACGGACUCAGACGACCUUCCUGCACCCGAGCCAGGACGCGCGGCCUGCUGCGCCCUUUUCUUCACCCAUCCGUCUGUUGUCGAUCGGAAAGGAGAACUGUGCUUUUUGCAUUGUUAAGAAAUACACCAUGUGUAUUCAUUGCUCUUAUAUUAUAUUAUAUAUACAUAUAUAUAUAUAUAUAUUUAAAAUAUUUAUGGGAAUCCUCUUUGGGGUGGUUUCUUUCGGUUGUUUUCUAGGCUGGAGAAAGAAUUAGACGGCUUCCGCCUUCUCUUGCUGGGUCUCGUUUUCUGUGCCAGACGCACCUUAAACCAGCUGUUGCUGCUGCUGGGGGGGGGCUCCUCUUUCAAACCAAAACGGGGGUCGUCUUCGUGCCUCGGUGGGCCGUUCUCGAGGUUCUUCCCGUUCUUCCACUUCAACCCCCCCCCAGCAUUAAUUAUAUCUGCGCGAGGGGGGGGAAGCAAAACAAAGGGAGUGGGGGCGCAAGAGAGGCGUACUUCAGACCUGUACAUAAUUUUUAAAGAAAAUAAAAGACAUU